UGAGGCCUAGUACCUGUGGUUGCCUGGAUACCAGUGAGGCCUAGUACCUGUGGUUGCCUGGAUACCAGUGAGGCCUAGUACCUGUGGUUGCCUGGAUACCAGUGAGGCCUAGUACCUGUGGAAGCCUGGACACCAGCGAGGAUCUUUCUGCCAUAUUGCCUGUGGAUUAUAAAGGGACCAGGAUGAUUCUCCAUAUAUGAUUGUUGACUACCUGAGAGUCAGUGAGGAAACUCCUUUAUAUCCAUUUAAGGAUUCACUGAAGAACGAAUUUAUGAUGCUCCAUAGAAGAUUUACUACAAUGCAGUUUCCAAUGGUGAAUUUCACAUCCACCUCAGAAAAUGUUACCCUGAUGUCCUCUGGCACCGAAAGAGUUGAUUUUACCACCAGAACUCUCCUUGUGAUCUUGACCUUUUCGUUUUUCGCCUUCUUCCUGUACAUCAUCACUAUUCUGCUCAAGGUCUUCUUCACCGCUCCGCACAUGCAGGAGAACUCUCGAUACGUCCUCUUUGUUCACAUGCUCAUCAAUGAUACGUUGUACCUCGCCUUGGGAAAUUUCCUUUUGGCGACCAUCAUGUAUUCUGUAUACCUCCCUGUGCCCGUCUGUUACCUCUUUCAUAGUGUGGCCAGCUGUUCUUUUCGAGUGACCCCAUACAACCUGGCCAUCAUGUCUCUAGAACGCUACAUAGCCAUAUGUUUCCCAUUGAGACACUUUGAGUUUUGCACAAGAAAAAGAGCUAAAUCGGCAAUCCUUGUGGUCUGGGUCGUAGGAUUCUCUCCAAACAUUGCAGACUUCACAGCCGUAAUCUACUCAACCAAAAGAACUUUUUAUUCCCUUUAUGUGUUUUGUGAUCGUUCAAUGUUGGUAAUUAGUCCUCUACAAAAUGUGAUUAGGUCCUUCACCAAUAUCCUCAGCUUCACCAUUGUGGCCUUGAUCAUUGUAUUUACUUACAUUAAAGUCAUGCUAGUUGCCAGGAAGGUCGGUUCUGGUGGCUCAUCAGCCCAUAAAGCUGGUAAAACAGUGAUGCUCCAUGCCUUCCAGCUCCUGUUAUACAUGGCCUCCUUCAUCUCCACACUAACCGAGACCUAUUUAUUAAAUUAUAUCACUUACUUAGUCAUUUCUAACUUUAUUAUGUUUACUUGUUUGCCCAGACUCCUCAGUCCUAUCAUCUAUGGUGUAAGAGAUGAAGUUUUUCGUAAAUAUAUAAGAAAAUUGUACUCAAUAAAAUUAUGA